GCGUGCCUCGGCGGGGGCGCGCGACGUUAGCGUCAGCCCUCGCAACUUCCGACGCAGCCCUGGGUUCAGGUUCCGGGGCGCCGCGGAUCUCUCGGCCUGUGAGUCGCAGGCGGCGCUCUCCGGGCUCCGGGGCCGCGGGCCCUGCGGCUGCCGGAAUGGAGGAGGCCGGAGUGGCCGUGACCACGGCCGGGGAGGCUGAACUGAACUUGUCCCGCCUCAGCGUGUCCGCCGAGACGCUGGAGUCGGAGCUGGAGUCGCGGGGCGAGGAGCGGCGCGGCGCGCGGGAGGCGCUGCUGCGUCUGCUGCUGCCGCACAACCGUCUGGUGUCCCUGCCGCGGGCGCUGGGCAACGGCUUUCCGUACCUCCAGCUGUUGGACGUGAGCGGCAACGCGUUGACCGCGUUGGGGCCCGAGCUGCUCGCGCUGCGCGGCCUGCGCACGCUGCUGGCCAAGAACAACAGGCUCGGCGGGCCAGGCUCGCUGCCCAAGGGUCUGGCCCAGUCGCCUCUCUCUCGCAGCCUUCAGGUGCUCAACCUCAGCGGGAACUGCUUCCAAGAGGUGCCUGCCUCCGUGCUGGAGCUGCGCGCGCUGCAGACCCUCAGCCUGGGCGGCAACCAGCUGCAGACCAUCCCGGCCGAGAUCGAGAACUUGCGGAGCUUAGAGUGUUUAUAUCUUGGAGGAAACUUCAUCAAAGAAAUCCCACCAGAAUUAGCAAAUCUGCCUUCUCUAAAUUACUUGGUAUUAUGUGACAACAAAAUCCAAAGUGUGCCUCCUCAGCUUUCACAGUUGCAUUCGCUUCGUUCCCUCAGUCUUCACAAUAACUUGCUGACAUACCUGCCUCGAGAAAUCCUCAACCUUAUUCAUUUGGAAGAAUUGAGUUUGCGAGGAAAUCCGUUGGUUGUUCGUUUUGUUAGAGAUUUAACCUAUGACCCUCCAACUCUCCUGGAAUUAGCUGCACGGACCAUUAAAAUUCGAAAUAUUUCCUACACUCCUUGUGAUCUUCCUGGGAAUCUUCUUAGAUACUUGAGUUUAGCCAGCAAUUGCCCAAACCCAAAGUGUGGAGGAGUCUACUUUGACUGCUGUGUCAGACAAAUAAAAUUUGUGGACUUCUGUGGGAAGUACCGCCUGCCCCUGAUGCACUACCUGUGUUCGCCGGAAUGCUCUUCCCCUUGCAGUUCUGCCACUCACAGCUCCACAUCCCAGAGCGAAUCGGACUCGGAGGAUGAAGCUAGCGUUGCUGCACACAGAAUGCAGAAAGUCCUUCUGGGCUGAGAACAGUGCUGGGAAACACUAACAGACUGAGCAAAGGUGGUUAGGAAAGAAAACAGACUUUGAAGUUAUCUAGAAACCGUAUCUUCAUCUUGAAUGUCCAUAAAAGAGUCGGGGGUGAUGUAAAAUAUUUUGUUUUCAUCCACCCGUUCAGCAGGAAUGAAUCCAGUUCUGUGUUUGGAUUCCUUGAAUGUAAUUCACUCUGAAUGGCAGUUUCAGAUUUGGCUGAUUGCUUGCAAUUUUCACUCCAGUUUUGCAUGACUCACAUAGCAAACUAGAAUAUUUUAAAGAGCAGUGCUAUAAUAGACCAUGAGUGGUAUAACGUGACAGUUGAGACUAAGAAAGAAAUGAUAAAAGCUGUAAUUAUUGCCAGAGUUGUCGUUGGGUUUAGGUGGAACACUAUACCAUAAUAGAAGUAGCCCUCCUUUGAUGUAUUGCCCAUAUGUUGAGAUUACAGAGCUAUUCAGAUAAGCUCACAGAUGGUUACAUGGGACCCAAACCUUUCUGACCUACUAACUGGUAAAGUAGGGGAUAUAACCUUAUGUGGGAUUUUAAAACUCUUCAGUUCUGCUUCUUUAUUCUAUAUGACUGUUGUUACCUUUAAUCCAGCAAUGACUGAUAGUGCCUUCAGAAAUAUGCUUUAACAGAACUAGGGAAACAACUGUUUAACAUCUGAGCUCAUGGCCACCUAACUUCAUUUUUUGUUUAAACAUGAAGUAAUCCCCUAUAAAUCACUUUUACACUUAAUGGGAGGCCACUCUCUUGAUCAUUCUGUUACCAUAACAGAAUAAUAGUUUUUGAUUGAAAAAUCCGAUUUCUUUUGACAGAAAAGAGAUGUAAACUAGUAAAGCUUCUUUAUAUACAAGUGGAAAACUGAUUUAAAAAUUUUUAACAAUCAGGUAUGACUCCAUUGCCUGUGUGUAUUGAACUGUAACUUUUUCUACAUUUUAAAGAAACACUAGAAAAAUAUUACAAGCCAAAUAAAAUUUGGGCCAACAAUCAUUGUGUUUGUGCACAAUAGAAGAAUUUCCAAAACCAGUUUAGCCAUGGAAUAUUUUUUGAAAAUAAUGUAUUGAUAAUAUAUUUUAAAAAUAUUAACUACAUUAUAUUCUUAAAGUAUAGCAGAAAAAUGACUUCACAGGUUAAUUGCUAUUAUAAAUGACCAAAUUUUUAACUAAUUUUAAAUGCAAUAAAAAUUGAAUAAUAGUCCAAUUAUAGGUUGAUAUUAUAAAAUAAAAUGCAAAACACAUACUAGCAAUCAUUAGAUCAUUAACCCAUAACAUGAUGGUUUGUUGGUAAAUGUUACCUGUACAGUAAUAUGCAUGUCAGAAAUACAUUGGAACACGAGACAAUCUCCCCUCUGACUUGCUGGCAUUCAUGACUGGGCACACAAUUUCUUAAAAGCAGAUUGUUGUACAAUAAUGAUAUGUACUUACAUAGAUUAGGUUUUUGUCAUAUAUAUUUUAUUUUAGAAGAAAAUAUAUUGUAGGAUAGUUCAGGGUUUGUUUGUUUAUUAUAUGUUAAUUCAUGAAACAGUUUCAUGACUGCAGGUGUGAAACGCUGCUAUAGAGUGAAUUCCUUCUUCCCUCUUGUUGUAACGUAAGAUUCUUUUUUCCUUAUGAUUCAGAAAUUUUCUAUACUAUGUAAGUAAUCUAGUAUGUUUCUGCUGCCUAGCAAAGUAGUAUGUGGGUGAUUAUACCAUACCAUGGAAGUAAUGAGAAGUCUUACUUCUCCGUUUAAGCCACAGCAAGCUGCAUAUUACAGAAUUACGAAUGGUAAAGAUGACUUAGGCAGUGUCUAGUGGCAAGCCCCCAAUGUCUUGUAAGUAAGUGACUUAGUUUAGAUACAUAAAAUAUUUUCAUAGAAAAUAGUGUAUUCAUAGUAAAAUAGUCAAAUUAAUAGGACCAAAAUUUUCUGGCUUAUGCCUCAGUUUACUUCCUAAUUCAUUACCAACUUGACCUAAGAGCUUGGGUAAUCUUCUAAAAGUUAGUCUUUGUAAAAUAAAUGGGUAGGUAUGUAAAUAUGGUAUUUAACCUUACAUAACUCUUUCCAGCUUCCCAGAAAGAAGAUACACUGAUUGAGCUUUUACAGAUGUAAAUAGGUCUACCCAGGAAUAGUUUCUAGCCUUUGCUGUAUAAUGUAGAUGUACACUAUAGUAUACAACAAAAUACCUUUCAACAAAAUGUUAUGUUUAUCUGUAUGUACAUUUGAAAAUCUAAGAUAAGUGUCCACUGCCUUUGGUUACUUUUACUGAAAUCUACAUUAUAGCUGUUAGUUUUAUCUUUUUUUUUUUUUUAAGUCUUUGACCUAAAUUUUUACAAGAGCUGCUCAUAAUUUCUAAGAUUUUUCCUGUUUUUCCCCUACCUUCCCUUUUUUCAUAACUGAUGAUAAUAGAAAUUAACCAGAGCUGAGAUCAAGGGACUUGAUAUAUUAGAAGCCAGAUACUCAGCUCCUGAGUCAUAUAGCUAUUUAAAAUGAUAAAAUGAUAAUCUUUAUUAAGUCACAUGUUUGUGUUUAAACUAUAGUUAGUAAACUUUGACUGUAUUUUUUGAGAUUUAUAGAAUGCACUAAUUUUCAUAGUGAAAUAAGUUUUUAUAUUGUUACACUUGGACAAUUUUAGUGACCAAAACUUAGGUGGAUAAAACUACUUAACCAAAGCAUUAAUGUGUUCAGAAUGAAAUUCUUCAGUGCUAGUAUUUGAAACUAAAAUGGGUACAACGAACAUUCUUAGUAGUCUUUAUUCCUAAAACGCAGUUCUCAUUGUCACCAAACUGAGUUGUGAAAUAAUCCUAGGUUUUAGGAAAUAGUAAGAUUAG